AUGACUUCAAAAGGAUCAACAUUAGAUUCAAUCCAUGAUAUUAUCAAAUGUUCAAUCUGUUUAAAUAGUCCAAAGAACCCAAGGUUCUGUCCCAAGUGCAACGCACUCUACUGUUUCGAUUGCAUACAGAAAUGGAUCGAAACAAACCCUACAUGCCCAGCUUGUAGAUCAACUCUAAAUACAGAGAAUCUUGGUUCAAAUCUAAUCGUUUCAAACAUUUUGAAUGAGUUGAGCAAAUCACAAGAGUACAUCCAACCCGAUCUUUGUAGUAUACAUAAUUAUGAUAUGAUUUAUUAUUGUAAUCGAUGUGCAGAAUCUAUAUGUUCGGAUUGUGCACUCUUUCAACACAAUGGACACAGCAUUGAAAAGAUAUCUUUGAUCUAUAACAAACAUUUGGAAAUAUUAAAGAUUGAGGAAGAAGCUUUAAAAAAAAGAUUAGAAGAGUUGAAUGAUUUAAAUAUUUUCUUAGAGUCUGAUGCAAAUCAAUUAUUACACAACAAAAAAGAAGUAGAAGCAGAUAUAGAAGCAGAGUUUUUAGAUAUGAAGGAUCGAUUGAAUAAAGAUGUCGAUCACCGUUUUGGAAUCAUUUCAAAAGCUCAACAGAAACUAAAUUCAGAGAUGCUUCAUUUGGAUGGUCUUUAUGAUCAACUAUACAUUCACUACAAGAAAUCACCUUCACAAUUCAUAUCUACCAGUGCAUCACUCACACGUUCUUUACAAGAUAUUCAUAAACACUCGAUUCUCGAAAUCUAUAGACCCGUUAGCACAGAGGUGGUCUCUGAAACAUCGCCACCCUAUGAAUACAGAUUGAUGAAACUCUCAAACUUUUUGUCUGGAGAACAAUAUGUCAACAAAAUAUCAUUCCAUGGAAUCGUUUGGGAAAUUAGAUGUGGAAUGGAAGAUGAUAAUCUCUUUAUCAAUUUAAAAUUAUUAGAAUCAAUUUCUGAUGGAAAAUAUUUUUACAAAUUUACUCUUAUAAAUCAAAAUUCUAAUAUAAACAAGGUAUAUGAACCAAAAUUACCUUUGCACAUUGGAAAAUCCAUUUAUAUUCCCAAUUUCAUAACCAAAGAUUCACUUAUCAAAGAAGGAUAUAUAGCACCUGAAAAUGAUGUUUUAUUGUUGGAAUUUGGAUUUAAAUCACCAAGUUUUUAUUCACUUUGCCAUGAUUUAAAGAGCUAUAUUAAAAUAUUGGAAAAUCAAAAUAAUCUUUUGAAAAAGAGUAAAGAUAGAGAAUCACUCACCUCUACUUCACCUCUUGAUAGUAGUGGUAAUAAUAUUGACAAUACAAGUAAUAAUAAUAAUAAUAGUAAUAAUAAUAAUGAUAAUAAUAAUAAUGAUAAUAAUAAUAAUAAUAAUAAUAAUAAUAAUAAUAAUAAUAAUAAUAAUAAUAACGAUGAUAAUUUUUCAAGGAAUCGCCAAUACGAUCCAAUCUCACAAAGUAUGACAAUACCAAAUGAUGAUAUAAGCGAUGUUGAAAGUACUAGUUCUAGUUCUCAUAGCACAAGUAGUCAUAGCAGUAGUAGUAGUAGUCAUAGUAGUAGUAGUAGUAAUAGUAAUAGUAGUAGCCAAGACCAAUUAACGGGUGAUGAAGAUUAUUUUGGAGAUGAUGAGGACGAGGAGGAAGGGAAUGAAUUGGAUGAUGAGGAAGAGCUUCACAGAAAACCAACAUUUCUUCACCACCACCAUCAUCAUCAUCACCAUAAUCAACGUAGAAACUCCCUCUCCCCACCUCUCUACUCUAUUUAUAAUCAUGAUCUCGAUGAUGACGAAGAGGACGAAUAUGACGAAAUUCCUGAAGAAGAUUUAGAGGAUGACGUCAACUCUUCAUUGUCAAUGAUCGUCAAUUCCUCUGGGACUGACUCUGAAAGCGAAGAAAUCAAUCUCAAUGCAUCGUUUAACUUUAAUCGAUACAUAUUUGGAAAUAGUCAUAUCUCUGGUAAAGGAGGAACCAAAAAGUCGGACAGACGCGAAAAUAGAUCCGAAAAUGAUGUCGACUUGACAAGAGGAAUAGCUACCAGCACCGAGAGCGAUACAAAGCAAACAGAUGUUGAAGACACUUUCAAUGACAAAUGGUUGUCUCACUUUAAGCAAUGUCUUGGAAGCAAUAGUAUCAAUGGUGGUAGUGGUAAUUUACGAGAUGACCCCCGAAUUCUUCUAGUCGAUCAGUCUCACGAAAACACUGAAAACGAAAAAGGGUACGAUGAAAUGGAUCCCAUUCCAGAGUUUACAAAUAAUUCCACUCAACAAAAUGGAAUUAAAAAUGGUAUCAAAGAUCAACCACAAGAUGAUCUAGACUUGGAUCAAGAAGACGACCAAGAAGACGAAUCAGACGAUGAAGAAGAAGAAGAAGAAGAAGAGAUUGAAGGUAUCAUCCAACAAACUAAUGACAACUUGGUAGACUAUGCUCAAAUCAAUGACGAAGAAAUAGAAAUAGAGGAUGAAGGCCAAGAAGACGACCAAGAAGAAGAAGAAGAAGAAGACGACUCUGAUUUGGAAGAAGAAUCAGAGGAAGAAAAAGAAAUUACCUUUAUCAACGAGGCAAUGGAAAACUCUGUGAUCAAUGAACCACAAAUUGCAAUUGUUGGUAUACAAGAAAUCAAAGAGUUUGAAGAUGAUGAUGACGACGAUGACGACGACGACGAAGACGACAACGGAAAUGAUCAAGAAUAUAAUGAUGACCAAGAAGAAUUAGAAGAAGACAACAAAGAAGAAGAAGAAGAAGAUGAUGAUGAAGAUGAAGAAGAUGACAGUGACGAAAGAGUGUAUAUACGUACUGAUGUUAUUCGCAACAUAAUUAAUAAUAAUUUUGAAUCAAAUAGUAGCCAAGAAUAUAUCAACAUUGACAAUCAUGACAUAUCCAACCCAACUAGUUCAACUACUACUUCUAUCACCACAGCCACUAACAACAACACUAAUGAAACAUAG